UCUUGUCCCCCUUUUAAAUGUCAACGAACAGCGGCGGUGCUGUAAGUGUAGCUCCUUGUGCUGAUUGAUCAUGGCGCUGCCGCUCCUCCUCUUCCUCCUCCUGCUGCCACCCUUGCCGAGAGACGCCGCUGCUACGCUCACCCGCCGCGACUUCCCGGAAGGCUUCAUCUUCGGCGCUGGAUCCUCGGCCUACCAGGUGGAAGGGGCUGCUGCAGAAGAUGGAAGAAAGCCCAGCAUCUGGGACACCUUCACUCAUCAAGGUUAUGCUCCUGACAAAUCUACCGCCAAUGUUGCAGCAGAUCAGUAUCAUCAUUACAAGGAUGAUGUAAAGCUUAUGCAUGAAAUGGGUUUAGAUGCAUACAGAUUCUCCAUUGCAUGGCCCCGGCUUAUUCCAGAUGGAAGAGGAAAGAUCAAUCCUAAGGGUUUGGAGUACUACAACAACUUAAUAGAUGAAUUGAUACUCCACGGCAUACAACCUCAUGUCACAAUCUACCAUUUCGAUCUCCCUCAAUCUCUUCAGGACGAAUACAACGGACUGGUCAGCCCCAGAUUCAUUGAUGAUUACACUGCAUACGCGGACACCUGCUUCAAGUGCUUUGGGGAUAGGGUGAAGCAUUGGGUCACCAUCAACGAGCCCAACAUCGACACUAUAAGUGGCUUUGACACCGGCGUGCUGCCACCACAACGUUGCUCCUCUCCCUUUGGUGAAAACUGCACCGGAGGGAACUCCACGACUGAACCGUACAUAGCCGCUCACCAUCUCCUGCUUGCGCAUGCCUCAGCAGUAUCCCUGUAUAAGGACACCUACCAGGCAGCUCAAAAAGGACAUAUUGGACUUACCCUCUUGGGUUUGUGGUCUGAGCCUGCUACCAAUACACCACAGGAUGCAGCUGCUGCAACAAGGAUGAAUGAUUUUCACAUUGGAUGGUUUAUGUAUCCUUUGGUCUACGGGGAUUAUCCCCCGGUAAUGAGGAGGAGGGUCGGUGCACGAUUGCCAAGUUUGACAGUGGAGCAGUCGAAAAAAGUGUCCGGAUCAUUCGACUUCAUUGGAAUCAACCACUACCCAAAUACUCGCACGCGAGCCAACGAGAACGCUUUCAAUCUGAAGCAGAGGGACUACUACGACGACGCAGCCGUUAUUGACAACGUUCAGUCUUCUUGGGCUUUAGGGAAGCUACUGGACCACCUGAAACUCAAGUACCGAAAUCCUCCAGUCAUGAUCCAUGAAAACGGAUACGGAGACAUCCCCCAAACCCCUAGCAAGAUCGAAUACGAUGACGACGACAGAUCAGAGUUCCUGCAAAAUUACCUGGAAGUUUUAUAUCUGUCCGUACAGAAUGGAUCGAACGCACGGGGAUACUUUGUGUGGUCGUUUCUCGACGUGUUCGAGUUCCUGUAUGGCAAUCGCAGGCGCUACGGCCUGUGUGGAGUGGACAUGAACUCCAAAGGGCGGGCGAGGUACGUGAGGAACUCUGCUCGCUGGUACUCCAGCUUCCUCAGGGGCGGCGAUCUGCGUCCGGUGUCACUGUCAAGGAAAUCCGACAGCGUCGCAUGAUCUGGCUUCUUCCAUACUCCAGAAGAUGAUCUUUUGUAACGCGAAGCCCAUGCGAUAAUUUUUUUAGAAAAAUCCUUGUUGAGAACUGGAGUAUCAAGCUGUGCCAUCAACAAUUUUAGACUGAGGCUCUGCACUCGCUAUAAUUUUAGACUUCUGUAUGGUUGUAAAAGAAAAGAGACUUUUGUAUGACUGGUUCAAACUAGCUCAAACUAACUCGUUUGCAGCCUCAAGGAGUGACAGCAGGAGAAGGAGCGAAAGGAAAAGAACGGCAGUCAGAUCUGAGCGAAAGAA